AUGCGGAUGAAGAGGACCCAGUGGCAAGAGGUGGUUGAUGUCAACCUCACAGGCGUCUACCUCUGCGCGCAGGCUGCAGCCACCGUGAUGAUGAAGAGGAAGAAGGGAAGGAUCAUCAACAUCGCAUCAGUUUCCGGGAUCAUCGGCAAUGUCGGGCAGGCCAACUACUGCGCCGCCAAGGCUGGGGUCAUCGGCCUCACCAAGGCCAUGGCCAGGGAGUACGGCAGCAGAAACAUCAAUGCAAGUAUUUCCUAUAUAUAUAGUGUAUCCGUGCUUCUGCCGCACCAUACCUGA